AUGGAUUCUUUACAUGCAAGAAGCAUUUUAAAAGACUUGGAAAAAUUCCUUAGUUCAAAUGUAAAUUUAAUAAAUAUAGCUGAAUUGGCUGCAACAUAUAAUAACCUCAAAAUAUUUGAUUUUAAUUUAGAUACACCAAUAAAAUAUUUUCCAGAAAAUGGAAAAAUAGAUAAAAUUUCUUUAAAAUUACUUCCCAUAGAUUUUAAUCAUCUUUUGCCUGCAAAAAUUAAAGGCAAUGGAAAUUGUUUGAUGAAUUCUUUAUCUUUUAUCUACACAGCUUCAGAAGAAUACUCUGCUCAUUUUCAUCUUGCAACAUUGUUAGAAUUGAUGGCUAAUUAUGAGUUUUAUUUAUCAAUAAGAUUAUUUGAACAAGAUUAUAUAUAUUCUGAUUAUUCAAUUAAUAGUGAUUUUACUCUACAUAAUACAAAUAUAAAAUAUAACAAAGGUGAAUUUAUUAAUGAAUUAAGAUCAAUUUCACAAAACCAUUCAUUUUGUUCAAUGGUUGCAGUUUAUGGAUUGGCAUCAGUUGUUGGACAUCCCAUUCAAUCUAUUUAUCCUCCAACCAGCAUUAAAUUUUUAAAAGAAAUAUUUAAUUCUAUUAUUAAUCCAAGGCCAGAAUCUAGAAGAUGUAAUGAAGAAAUCUUUAUACUUUGGAGUGUUACAGACUUAUCUCUCUGGGAUUCACACACAAAGUUUCCUUCUCCUAAUCAUUUUGUUGCCUGCUUUCAAUAUGAUGAGCUGAUUGAUAAUCCUGGUUUGCAAGAAGAUGAUAGAUUAAAUAAAGAGCCAUUAAGUAGUGAAUAUUACAAAUCAGAAAAUUAUAUGAUGAUUGAUGAGACUACAGAAAAAGAUGUAUCUGAAGAAAAUAGUUUAUCCCAUCAUCACAUAAUGUCAGAUGAUUACUACAAAUCUGAUGAUUAUGAAACUUCUGAUGAGGCAAGCAUAUCAAAAAAUAAAGUUGAGUCAAAAAAAUUUAACAGAAAUCGUAAUUUAUUUCAGAAGAAAUUAUCAUUAGAGAAACAUCCAAAGAUUUCAGAAAUUAUUACACCACUGAAAGUGAAAUGUGUUUGUAAUAAAGUUAUAACACUCAAGCAUAAAUAUGAUUUGAAGUACUUUUUAAUUCAUAGUAAUGGUAAAGGUUGUAACAUAAAAGAGAAUGAUCAGCCAAUUUUAAAUUUUUUUGGAAAUAUUAAAUCAAAGAAUGAUAAAAGUAAAACAAGACAACCUUUUGUUUGUAUUGGUUUACGUGAAAACAUCCACAAAACUUAUAUUGAAAGAAUUGGUGGAUUUAUUGAAUAUGGAGGUGCUCCAAGAAUUGAAGUUGUUGCAAAAAAACUUUUUCCUAAUAUAUUUACUAUUAAUAAUAAAUUUUCAAGAAAAAGGUUAAGUAAUGAUCAACUAAAUAAGUUGGAUAGUAUUUUAAAAGCAAAUGCUAAAUGGAAAGUUGAGAUAGAAUCAGAUACUCAAUGCAUCAGAAGCAUUAACUGUGAAAGAUCAACCAUCAAUUCCUCUAAUUUAUGUGACAAUUGUAACAGUUUGAAAAGAAACAAAGUUUUUAAGAAUGCAUUAUCUAAAAAAAUUCCUGAAAAAAAAAAUAGACGAUAUAUGCCUAAACAUUUGUUAAAAAAAAAUCCACUGUUAAGAUAUUUGAACAAUUCAGUAAUAUAUGAGGUUUACUCUUUGAUUCUUAAUAGUCAAGAAAAUGAACAGAAUGCAUUUUGGGUAAGGUUAGCUGAAAAAGGUCAAAAAGGUCCAAUAGCUGCUAUGACUGAUAAUACUAAAAUAAAAGAAAAACUUGGAUAUUCACCUUUACUGGGUUGUAUUGUUGGUUCAGUUUUACCUUUCUCAGAGACAAAAGUUGUUCAAGUUGAAGACUGUUAUUCAAUUAUUCAAAAAAUCAAAGAUAAUAAUGCUAUUGCUACCCAAGUCAGAGUAUACCUAUUACAAAUUCCAAUACCCAAAACACCACCUUUUGUUAUAGCAUUGAUUCCCAAUAAAUCAAAAGAUAAUGCUAAAGAUAUUUUUCAAUUACAUAAUGAUUUGUUAAAGUAUGCUUCUCAACUAAAAAUCAAUAUUUUAUCCUUGGGUGCUGAUGGAGCUUCAUCAGAGUUUGGGGCACAAAAUUUAUUAAUGCAAAUGAAUAGUAAUGAAACAAUUGAAUAUAGUGAUUUUAAUAGAAAUAUGAUAUUUUCUUGUCCAAUCAUUGAGGAUGUUGGUCCAAUAGUUGCUUUGCAAGAUCCAUUACAUGCAAAAAAGAGUGCUAGAAAUUCUAUAUUUUCUGGUGCACGAUUACUUUCAAUGGGAAGUUGCACUGUAAGAUACAAUCAAGUAUUGGAAUUAAGCCAAAAUGAAAACAGUGUGUUGUAUAAAAGGGAUGUUUUAAAGACAGACCGUCAAGAUGAUGGUGCCUCUUAUAGGAUAUUUUGUUCUUCAUUUCUCUCACAAGUUUUUGAUCAAAAUAAACCUAUGGAUAAAAAUAAAUUUGGACUUUUUAUUUAUCUUUUUGUAAUAG